GUCACGGAGUACUAUUAACUAUCUCCUACCGAAUGGAAUGUCAGACAUUCACCUGCAGUGUAGAUCAUCUUCAUCAACUCAAUAGUCCUACUACACACCUUGUCAAUGACAUACAGCAAGAUCGGCAGUCGUUGCACGACGCCAGACAUGCAAGGCAUCAACUUCUGCCUGAGGCUCCAACACCCCCGACCAAUCAGCAGCAACCGGGCCUUAUCUCUGAGACACUAUUGUCCGUUGCCCGUCGAGAGUCGAUCCUUCGAUACGUCAGUGUUCAUUAGCUGCGCCCCUCCCCAUGCGCCAAGCUCAGCAAGAAGAAGUACCGUACUACAUACAGCCUCAGGGACAGAUCGGGAGGCACGAAGGGCCCCGAUCACUCCAGACUCAGUGCCCUGUGAAGAAAAUGCUUGUCACCGUUGUGGUCGGUGGGUUCAGAAAGGCCGAAAACGGUUGAGACAAACGCUCGAGCGGGUCGGGUUCGUACCUGGAUCGAGGCGAAUCGCACUGCCUCCACCACGCCCCCGAUAUCUGCCACCGGUCCAUGGCCGGAGCGAUUAGUGAUGGUUUGUUGAGAUUCAGUCAGUUGGUGACUGACUAGUUAUCUCUUAUCCCUACGUCGUACUUGAUCCCUUGGGCUUGCACCGUGCAAUAGGGAAAUUCGCCGGCGUGCCGCCCCUUGCGGUAUUAAAAUAUUGGGUCGUGAUAAGCAAGCAAUAUGCACUCCCCGAGGGACCAGUAGGCAGCAGAGCCCGCCGUCGGGGUAUCCCGU